AUGAUAAGGUUGUUAUUCAGUACAUGGAACAUUCUGCAACGCAACAAGAUUGACAAAAAACAUGUUGUGUAUGUUCAUGUCAAUAAAACGUAUGCGACUCACAGUAGCCUCGCUUUAACAGAUGUCAAUUGGAAUAAGACUCGUGAUUCUGCAUUUCAACAACCAAAGAACAAUGCCAUGGGAAUUGAUCAUUUGCCAUCCAGUUUCACAUUUUUGAUUAACCCAGCACAGACAUGCUCAUUUAUGAAAUCGACAUCCGAGUCUGUUAUUUUGGUUGGCGUCGAAUCAUCACCUUCUCAUUUUGAUUCCCGCUCAGCCAUCAGACAGACUUGGGCAAACAGAAAUCUACUAAUAAAUCACUCUACUCGAGUAGUAUUUCUUGUAGGUAUUCCAGAGUCUGCGGAAAUUCAAAAAGAACUCAGUCGUGAAAGUCUUCAAUAUGACGAUCUAGUGCAAGGAAGUUUCCAGGAACACUACAGGAACUUGACCAGAAAAACAAUUAUGUUCCUUAGGUGGUCGUAUUAUUUCUGUUCAUCUGCAAAUUUCAUCAUAAAAACUGACGAUGACGUAUUUGUAAAUUUGAUGAACAUUAUACCACAAAUCCGUUCUUUGCCGAAAGUAGAUAUGUAUCUUGGUCAACAGCGCGGAAAAAGGGCCCCUGUCAUCCGCAAUCCAAAGCAUAAAUGGUAUACCUCACAAGAUGAUUUUCCAGAUGAAUAUUAUCCCAGCUACAACUUAGGCGUGUUAUAUAUUAUUUCUGGAGAUUUAUCUAGAAGGUGUUAUGAACACAUAUCAGAGAAUCUAACUGGAUACAUAUCAUCUGAAGAUGCAUAUAUUGGAGUUAUAAUGUCGAAACUCGGUGUGCCACCUUCUACAUACAGCCAAUUUAACCUUGAUGGGAGUGCACUGAAUCAACCACAUCUGUAUUGGGAAUAUCCGGUGAUCCAUAAUGUUUCAGCGAAGAUGAUGGUUGAUUACUGGUCAAGUUUGGAGGAAAUAAGAAGCCGGGAUAUUGAUAAACUGUUCAAUAAAAACACAGAUGCAGAGAUGACCCUUCUGGAAGAUGUAUUCCUUGCUGUGGUGGUCACAACGCCAGCCUCCCAUCGAAGAUGGAGAAAUAAUUAUCGACAAGUUGUAAAACCAGUAUCUAUAAUGAAGGAUAAUCGUAUAAACGUGGUUCAGUUUGUCUGCAAGACUGAUAACGAGGUU